GUCUAGAGAAAAAUAAUGCAUACUGUACAUGGAAGGAAAGUGAUAGAUAGGCAACCUUUAACCUUGGUUAAAACCCAUCAGUGUUCAGGCUGGCCUUCAGUCAGGAGUAGUUGCAUCAGACCAAUAGUUGUGUGUAGAUUACGGCCAGCACAGGAGUUUAUACAGAUCUAUCCCUGCAGUUGUGAAGCCAGGCACUCAGACAACAUUUCAAACAGCAAAGUUAACACAGGGAUGGGCGUGGAGGCGUGGUUAAUACUGGUGGUGGGCGUGCUGGGGUCGUGGUUGUUACUGGCGAUGGGCGUGGAGGUAUGGAUGUUACUGAUGGUAGGCGUGUUGGGGUCGUGGGCCUACACCAGGAAGCGGCAUAACUAUUGGUCAGCCCGAGGAGUGUCCACCCCACCAUACCUUCCCUUCCUUGGCCACAUGCACAGACUCUUUUCUCUCACACAAUCGAAAUGGGUUUACUUCUGGGAGGUUUAUCGCAAGUAUGGUGGAGACAAAUUCUGUGGACUUUAUGAAAUGCAUACUCCUGUCCUGUUUAUCAGCGACCCACAUCUCAUUAAACUGAUUUGCGUUAAGGAUUUUGAACAUUUUGUUAAUCGUCGGGAUAUUGGGACCUUUCGCAAAAAUAGCGUUGUAAAUAAAAUGCUAUUCAACAAGAUGGGCAGCGAGUGGAAAGCACUACGAUCCGUGAUGACGCCGACGUUCACCUCUGGUAAAAUGCGUGGGAUGUUCCCUCUCAUCUGUGACAAGGCUGAUGCUCUUGUCUCCUCUUCGCUCAAAGAAUGUGCUGAGAAAUCUUAUGCUGACAUGAAAUACAACUUUGGAAGUUUUACUAUCGAGACGAUAGCUUCCUGUGCUUUUGGUAUUGACUGUGAUUCUAAAAGCGACAAAAACAUAAAUUUCGCUAAACAAGCAAAUAAUAUCUUUGCUUUUUCACUUACUAACCUCAUGAAACAUGCUAUUACAAGAAGUGUUCCAACUUUAAGUCAUGCUCUAGGACUUAACAAAGACCAACCUGAGUUUCUCUUCUUCGAGAGUGUGGCAGAGAAAGCCAUACAGCUGAGGCGGGAAGGGCAGAGACGCGGAGAUUUCCUAGACCUACUGAUCGAGGCCCGAGUUGCUGAAGACUCUUUUAUCAAGAACAACCACAGCACCGUGAACAACGACCACACCGCCCUGACGAACAACCACACCCAAGCUCCCUCAAAGUGUGUACUGGAUGACGACACCAUCAUAGCCCAGAGCGUGUUGUUCCUCCUGGCUGGUUACGACACUAUGGCCAGCACCCUCACCUUCACCAGCUUCCUCUUGGCCAAGAACCCAACACACCAACAACGUCUCCGCCGGGAGCUGCAAGAUCUAGUUCAGGUUCAUGGUGACGUAACAAACCAAGUUAUUAUGGAUGCUAAGUUUUUGGAGGCUUGCAUAAUGGAGGCGCUCAGGUUGUAUCCACCAGUGCCUACUAUUGAGCGCCGCUGUACCAAGGAUUAUCGGUUGCCCGGGACGGAAGUGACUAUACGCGCUGGUGACAUGGUGGUAAUACCGAUGUGGAGUCUACACCAUGAUGCCCGCUACUGGCCAGACCCUGAGCAGUUCCAACCAGAACGCUUCCUGCCCGAGAAUAAAGCCACCACUGCCACUCACUUACCCUUCGGUACAGGCCCCAGGAUAUGUAUAGCAAAUCGGUUUGCUAUGAUGGAGGCAAAAAUCGCCCUGACCAAGAUGUUGUUGGCGGCGGUACUCAGUCUCCCGGAGGGUCAGGAACACAUGGAGUUGGCUACGUCUUCCAACCUCAUGAGACCACGAUACAGUGUUAACAUGAUACUCACCCCUGUGAUGCAUUCUCCUGACUCACUCCAAUGACUCACCACCCUGACUCACUGAUUUACCCCCUGACUCAUGCCCCUGACACACUUGACUCAUUCAUUGUCCAGGUUCACCCAAUACGUUGACUCACGCCCCUGGCACACUGACUCAUCCUCCUGACUCACACCCAUAACACAUAUACACCUCUGACUCACGCCCCUGGCACACUGACUCAUCCUCCUGACUCACACCCAUAACACAUAUACACCUCUGACUCAUGCCCCUGGCACACUGACCCACACCCAUAACACAUAUACACCUCUGACUCAUGCCCCUGGCACACUGACUCAUCCUCCUGACUCACACCCAUAACACAUAUACACCUCUGACUCACGCCCCUGGCACACUGACCCACACCCAUAACACAUAUACACCUCUGACUCAUGCCCCUGGCACACUGACUCAUCCUCCUGACUCACACCCAUAACACAUAUACACCUCUGACUCACGCCCCUGGCACACUGACUCACCUCCCUGAUACACACAGUGAAGACAGCAUUAAUUGACCAAGAUUGUAGUACAGUAACAACUAAUACCAUCCAACAGUUACGUCAUAUUGGUAUUAAAUAUUUUUACAGUAUUUGCUCCUAAAACUUUAUUAUUAUAUGAACACUUGUUAUUAUAUCACUUAAACUAGUGUCUAAAUAUCCAUACAUUUGCUUUUUUAUUUACUAGUAAGAGCAUCAUCUCUCCAUUAACUAAUAUAAUAGUUUGUCUAUUUAUAUUCAGAGAUGAUAUAUGUACUGUAUGAAUUAAUGGGUUAUAUUGUGCAUAAAUAUUUAAUAGUUGUAUUUCAUCGUAAUUCAUUUUAGUUUCCCUAUUUUCCUUGUUAUUGUCAUUGAUUUGCCCAUUUGGCUUUAUAAGUCUAAAUCUACGUGUGGUAUAAUGUAGUACAGUAUAGUGACAUAUCUCCCUUCUAUGUGUACUAACUUCAGCAACGUGCAUAUUCUAAUAUUAGUUUGGGAUGGUUUAUGGUGAAUUAUAUUGUUCAAAUAUUACUUUUUUGAGUACAGUAUUUAUAUAACUUUAUUAUUAUUUUACUUUUUUUUUAGCGAUGUUAAUAUUUAAGUCAUUUCAACUGUAAAGAUAAAGCUCUGAGUGGUAAUAUUAUUUGUUGCAAAAAAUUAUUCUUUUCAUGCAUCUCUUUAACAAACAUAAUACGUACCUGUAUGUAUAAUUUUGUUCUCUUUUACUUGUAUUUCUUACCAUACAUAAUCUAUAGGAUCCACUUACUGCAAUAAAAUCUUUGAGAAACUUGAUGGUUUUGUCAUUAGUAUAGACGGUACAUGACUACGCUUCGACGGCUAAGGUCUUGAAGUGCGUGACAAGGUAAUAUUUAUACAUAUUAUCCCACCAACAAUAUAAUCGAUUGAAUUGUCUGUUCCUAUUUUUUUAUAUACUCACAGUACACUAUAAUAAACUAGUUACAAUAAUAUUAACGUAACAGCUGUGAGAUUGUCGUUAGAGCUUAUACUCUUACGUUUAUUAGUAACAAGAUUAUGAUUUCUCCAAUACAGAAUUUACAAUUUUCAUAUUUAUAUACUGGGGUAGAUAAUAAAUAAUCAAAUAUUACUAAUUACCAAUAAGGCUUCGCUAUUUGUUAUUCCAUUCUUACACAUAUUGUGCAGAGGAACAUCUAUUAUAAAUGUUCAAAUUAGCUUUCUUAAUAUUUAUCAUAACUAUCAAGUAAUAUAUCUCUACCCUGUGUUAUUAACGACUUGCAGUGUUUCAUGAGUGAACUUGUGGGAAGGGGAGGAGGAGUACGGUCAAUGAAACAGACGGGGGUUAUGUUCCUUGGAUUAUUAGAUAAGAGCACUCUCGUGUUAAGUUAGUUGGGUAAUUAUAUAGGUAAUUAUAUAUAUAUGGGUAAAUAUAUAUUCCGCGAGCAAAAUUGAUUGAAACAAUUAUAAAAAUGAUGGAUUUUCAUUGGAAUAUUAUAGUGGACACUGUUGUAGUUUGUGGAAAUAUGUUAAA